AUGGAACAGAAUACACCUCGCAAUGUGAGCCUUCUCAGCAGUCUCAUAUCCACUGCCGAGUUUUCAGAGUCCGACCUCAUCUUGAGCGCAUUCGACGACGCUUCCAAGCUUGCCUGUUUCGAGCAGUUCUGGGCUCACCUUCAAUCAACCGGAGACAAUCAUCAGUUCGACGCCCUCAGACUAUGCAUUAGGUUACUUCCCCAAGGAGACCAAGAUGAUGCUGCAUACGUGAAGCUCUCCGAUUUCAUCUUGUCUACCAUAUCGAAGGCUUCCGCCCAAACUGAGCAACUGUAUAAGCUUUCCGGAUUGUGCCUUGGCAACUCUCGCCUUUCGGUUCACGUGUGUCGCAGCAUCCUCGACUUCCUCUCCACCGUCAUUAGAGCUACCCCUGCGGAUUUCCAGGACCAUGUUCAUCAGGAGCUUGAAACAGCUCAGGAACAGCAAACCACUAAAGCUGUAGCGUAUUUGAACUUUCUGAAGUGCUCGUAUUGGCAUCCUCCCGAUCAAUAUCACCACCUGACACCGGACUCUGUUUACGUUCUCUGUCAAUGCAUCGGCGUAGAAGGGUUAGACGACGCUGCGCAAGAUGCGUUGUCUGCUUUGCUCUCCCUCAUCCAGGAUUCCAGUGGUCGGAUACGGCUUCCAGCAGCGGCCGUUUCUACUAAUCAGACAUUCGAGACUGCGGAUUACAGAAAGGUUGUCAGCCAACAAUUAUGGAACCGAUAUGGAUAUCUCUCGGAUGAUUACUUCGCUUCGACUAGCAAAACUUUCAAAACUUGGUUUCAGUGGGUAUCUGUGGCAACGACCAUUGGUGUAGAGAUAGACGGAGUCUAUGAAUUUUUGUACUGGUCACGACUGCGCUCCGGACUCCUCUCGGGCUUUUCAGAACAGCGCAAGUACUGUCUUGGUAUACUCCAGCUCUCCCUGAGAAUGGCCACCCGCGACAUUCUGGAACCCCUGAUGACGUUUCAGGUCCAUCAACGAACUGAAUAUCAGCAGCAAUACGAAAAAUACUGCUCUUUAUUCGAGACGAUAGUGCUCGAUCGAUAUCAAAAUCAGAUACAGGCCUGUCUUCCGGACCUUACCAAAUUGCUUCAAGGAGGUUCUCUCAUCACUAUAGGAUGGAUCACAACCCUACUUUCGGCAGUAUUGAGCCCCAAAGUGCAAGACGGCGUCCGCAAACUUGUCGGCGCUUGGUACAUAGAGUUCGUCACGCACAACGCUUCCAGCUUCCAUAGUGUGACCGAAGAGCAUGAAUUCUUUGAUGAGAACUCUUACUUCUUGUUAGAGGGUUUUCUUCCAUGGGCGACGCAGGGCGCGCUGUUCACGUCCACACUAAUGGCCACACGCGAUUCGACCAUUUGCUCUCAUGGCGAGACUCUGUCGGAAGUCAUUGCGCGCUUCGUCACCUCAUCGUCAAAAUCCCGCCGAGCAGAAAUUUUACGUGGAAUUCUCCGCUUCAUCCUGGACAGAGGCGGAAGGAUAUUUCAAUACUCCGUCUUGUAUCUGCUCCAGGGCCUACUUCAGGGCUUUAAAUCCAAGUCAGCAGCCGUUGCACUCGACUCCACGGAUCUUGCCUUGAUUACCAGAGCCUCACGACUCCCGGGGCUACCAGAGAUCGCGGGCGAUAUAUGUACACUCUAUUGCGCUGAACUGUGCACCACGCUAUCCUCGUCGGCCUUACAUUCGUUGUCCACACCGAAAAAAAUCCCUGGCUAUGAUGUAUUAGAUGCGAAUUUGCAACAACUUCAUGGUCCGGCAAUAUCGUCGCGCGCAGAGGUCGGCGUCAGGAAGCUGCCUUCGCUGCAAGAAUUUCUGGAGCAUCUCGAGGCUUCCCACCACAAGAGCAUCAAGGACGACCUCUUUGCUCCAGUUUGCGAUGAUAUAAUUCACCUCCUAAACAACGCUCCACCUGGCUCUGUGCCAUACGCGGAGCUAUUUCGCGCAUUGGAAGCGCUAUGGGAUGAGGCAGACAGACAAGAGUAUCGACGCCCUGUUGCUGUGGCAAUCCCGCCUCUCUUUUUCCACCCAUCCUGUGUGGAUGUCUGUAUUGACCAUGUCACAUGCAGCAAAGGGUCAUUCGAAGAGGAUCCGCUCACCCAAUUGCUUACCAGAGUUCUACGACAUCUAGAAGAACUCUCAUACGGCAGGCCUUACCUUCUCUCAACAUUCAUAGACUCACUUCGCAAGGCAGUAUUUGCCAGACCUGAAAUCCUCUCUGUUCUCCCUUUCGAAGAUCUUCUUGUUCGUUUCGUAGCAUCGCCGCCACUCCCGAAAAAAGAGUUCCUUUUUGAAGUCGCGGCCGCUGAUAAGCUUCAAGCAUAUAUCGAGCACAGGAGCUAUAGUUCAUACUAUGGUCAGCGGGAGUGGCAUGCCUAUGCCUGCGUUGUGAGCCUCCUCAAUCUGUUUCCGGAAGGGCAGCUAGAUGUUGCGAAGCGUGUGUUUGACCGUGUGCUGGAGCCUUGGCGGACGCAGAAGAAGCCAGUGCCUAUCGUCAGCAAGUGGAAGAACACAUUCCAGCUCCAAGCUAUGCUUAUCCUCUCCGAGUCGUGUAUCACUGAAGCCGAAGCCGAGUGGUACCUCGAAUCCUUCAUGCAUGCGCUGGAGCUGGAGCAGUGGCCUCGAUAUCGCUUUCUGCUCGAGUGGAUCGUUUCGCGCAUCUACCAUAAGUUCUCCCAUUUGACCGAACGAAUCUUGCCUAAUCUCGCGAAGCUGGACGACACUAAGCCCAUUCAGAUCGCCUCGCUCAUGAAGUUGGCGGUCCUUGCAGCACAGUUUUUGAAGUCAUAUGAAUUCACACUUGAUUUCAUGACACAGCUGAUCCCUUUCUCGGCCAGCCCAAAGGUACACAUCCGACAUGAAGCACAUUGGUCAUUCCCUAUCAUGUGGGAGCUGGCGGAGCAGCACAAGUGGUGGCAAAUCGUCCAGAAUCCUGCUUUCAGAGCGCUGAACAACUUCAUCCGAGGGCUCGACAAGUUCAGUAGACCUCCUUCCACCAUCCGAACUCUGAAGCUCGAUGUGGUUCAUGACUUCACCUUGGUCGGCAUUUUCGAGGGAGAUUACCUGACCAUCGAGACUCCAGAGCGUUAUCUAGUAAACCGGAAUGACUUCGAUAACCUCUGGCAGGAAGACUCGAACGGCUUGUGGACUACUCUUCCUCUCCGUGUACCACUGGGCUCGCCGAAGGCACAAUCCACUACUGAGGCAGCCAUACCCAUCGCCUCAGACCCUGACACUACUAAAGAAUACUCCACACCAGCUCUCGCCCCGCUCCAAACAAAAUCCGGCUUUGACCUAGAGUCCCUCCUCCCUCCACAGGGCCCACCAACAGGCACCCCGAAACGUCCCGCCUCCGUCAUCCUCGUUGCCUCACUCAUCGACAACCCAACCAAUCUCGGAGGCCUGAGCCGCAUCUCGGAGAGUUUCGGUCUCGAGGCUCUGUGCAUUGAUUCCCUGGGACACAUGGCGAGCAAAGAUUUCCAGGCCACGGCCGUGACAUCGCAUAAACAUCUGCCGAUUCACGAGUUGAAGGUCCACGAUGUACCUGCGUAUCUGAUCGAGAUGAAGAGGGUGGGAUAUGAGGUUGUGGGGAUUGAGCAGACGGACCGAUCGGGGAUGCUCGGACAAGAGGAAGGUACUGGGAAGGGGGGCGUGGGCACGUUACCGGAGAAAUGUGUGCUUGUUUUGGGGAGCGAGAAGGGCGGGAUUUCGGCAGAGGUGCUGGCGGUGGUGGAUCGGUGUGUGGAGAUUCGGACGGUGGGAGUGACGAGGAGCUUGAAUGUGCAGACUGCUGGGGGGAUUGCGGUUUAUGAGUGGUGGAGGGAGUGGGGGAAGGGCAGAUGAAGAGGCAGGGCUAAGAAGGACCUGGGAAAUGGGAUAGUGUGGGUGGUGGUGAAACGUACCGAUAGGUGACUUUUGGCAUUACUGCCGAGGUCUGUCUGCAACACUGGGGUGAGAUCUGACGUUGAUGUUGAAUAAAAGUGCUAGUUUGUUUUUCAAUAUUGCAUCGGAGUCGUUCUCCUGAGCUAUUGCGACGAUUUGGAUGGUU